AUGAUUGAAGUUAUUUUAAACGACCGUCUUGGUAGGAAAAUUAGAGUCAAAUGUAAUUCCGAUGAUACUAUUUUGGAUUUGAAGAAAUUGGUCGCAGCUCAAACAGGAACAAGAUAUGAUAAGAUUCGUAUACAAAAGUGGUACACAAUUUACAAGGAUCACAUCACACUUGAGGAUUAUGAAAUUAAGGAUGGAAUGGGACUUGAACUGUUUUAUAAUUGA